CAGGGACUGUCACUAGCCCAUCCGUUGCCCUGACUCUUGCCCUUGGAGGAAGCCAGUCAUGGGGGAAACAGGCAAAGAAGAGUACAAAAUACAGUCCUUCGACACUGAGACUCAGAAGCUGCUGAAAACAGCCCUCAAAGACCCCAGCAACGUGGACCUGGAGAAAGUGGCCAAUAUCAUAGUAGACCAGUCCCUCAAAGACUGUGUGUUCAGCAAGGAGGCAGGGCGCAUCUGCUACACCAUCAUCCAGGCAGAGAGCAAACAAGUUGGCCAGAGCAUCUUCCGGAAGCAGCUGCAGCAGGAGUACAAGGACAGGGAGGAGCUGCGCACUCGCUCGCUCCAGGCCUGGAUCUGCUACGUCACCUUCAUCUGCAACAUCUUCGACUACCUGAGGGUGAACAACAUGCCCAUGAUGGCUCUGGUGAACCCCGUUUACGACUGUCUGUUCCGGCUGGCACAGCCCGACAGCCUGCAGAAGGAGGAAGAGGUGGACUGCUUGGUCCUACAGCUCCAUCGCAUCGGCGAGCAGCUGGAGAAGAUGAACUCCCAGAGGAUGGAUGAGCUCUUCUCCCUCCUCCGAGAUGGCUUCCUUCUGCAGGAGGGGCUCAGCUCCCUGUCCCAGCUCCUGCUGCUGGAGAUCAUCGAGUUUCGAGCUGCCGACUGGAAGAUGACGGACGCUGCCCAGAAAUACUAUUACAGCGAAGUGACAGAUUAACCUCUAUACAGUAGAGGUGGAGAGAUGUCCCCAGCACUUUCACCAGCAAGCUUCAUAUCAAGUUUGAAUUUCUUUUCAGAUUAAUGUUUUUCUAGCACUUCGUGUAAAUAGGAUUUAUACUGGCUAGAGCCUCUGGGCACAUAACUGUCAGGCUGCAACUGGUGCUAGCCUGAUUUUGGAAGUUUGGAGAGGUGGGAAGGGCA